AUGGAUCUGCCAAAUUUGCUGCAAGUCUUAGGUGACUAUGAUGCCCAGUCCAGUGUAGUAGAAGCCAUUUACCGCAUGUCCACCUCAUUCGAGAGAAGCAAAUGUGUUACGCAGUGGUUCCCAGAUUUGGACUGUACUCUCCAUUCACUAUUUAUUAGGAUAUCAGAAUUUGAUCCUGACUGUCGUCGUUUCUUGAAUGCAUUUAAUGCAUUUCAUGGAGACAAUCGUAAAGUCUACACUCUGCCUUGCCUGUCAGCGAUUAUUGGUAAAUUGCCUUUGAGUAAACCUAAGGAUCCCUCAUAUCAAAAGUUUUGGGUUGACUUUAACCUGGGUUCUCAGACCAUUUUACUUCUGUGCCAUAAACAACCAGAUAUAAUAAGAAUGGAAUCUUCUGCUAGUCCUCCAUGGGAAAGCUUGGUACUUGACCAAGAUGAUAUCCAGAAAGUGGUUUUAACACGUACAGUUCAGGUGUACAUCCUUGAAAUUGUCAUGGUAAAGGUGGAAAAAGUGGCAGAGUUGUUUUCAUCACCACUCUCACUUGAAAUUAAAUCACGAUUGACUGAAGUUUUUGUGUUUGAGUUUGCCCCAACUGUUGUACUGGAGAAAGUCUGUGCACUCUUGUUCUGUGAAAAAUUUAAGAUUGUUGCUCUAGAACCAGAAGGCUGGGUUAAUAUUGCAGCGAGGGCAUCCUGUACUCAGUCUGGGGUAAGAAUAUCUUGGCAAGUAUGAUUUGAAAUAUCUGUUCACAACCUCUUACAGUAGGCAUUCAUUUAUUAGAAACUACUCUUCUCCCAUGGUUUAUGAUUCCCAUAUUUGUUGUGGGGUCAGCUACUUCUACCCUACAUAGACAUUAUUAGUGUGCUCUCCACUGCAUUUUCUUUUCUCCUUGGUCAUGAAUUAGGCAGGCACUGUACAGUACUUCAUAUUUUCAAGUAUUUUACAGUAGAAUCCCAGUUAUCCGGUAUCCAUGCAACUGGCAGAUAAUAUAAAUACAAAUUCCUCCAAAAUCAGCUAGAAUCGUUAGUUUGAAUACCACACGCAACGGGGAUGAGCUGCCAUUUUUAUUGCUAUGAUAAACAAUAAAAUAAAUACAUAGCAUAUCAUAAGAUACAAUAGCACAUAUUUUAUGUACAAAAAUAGCUCCUUCCAAACACAAACCAUCCUCUGGGUUACA